AAAGAUCCGAACAAUCAACAAAUUGAACAACUGCUCCGCUCGGUAGAUUCAACAGCGCUCGCUAUGUUUGCUAAAUUUUUUGAAAAACUCAAUCCCACGCCACCGAAUAAUGCACCCGAAGGAAGUGAAAAAUUGACAGACCUGGAAGCAACAGUUUCUGUUCACUAUGGGAUUCCAUCUACAGCAUCCAUUCUGGCAUUUGACCCUAUUCAGCAACUCUUGGCAAUAGGAACAUUGGAUGGAAGGAUUAAAGUGAUUGGCGGAUCUAACGUCGAGGGCCUUCUUUUCUCUCCUAAGCCAUUGGCGUUCAAGAAUUUGGAGUUCCUGCAAAACCAAGGAUAUUUAGUGGGCGUCUCAAAUGGAAAUGAAAUUCAGGUUUGGGAUCUAGAGAACAGGAGAAUAUCUUCUAGUUUACAGUGGGAGUCCAAUAUUACUGCAUUCUCCGUUAUCUAUGACACUCAUUACAUGUUCGUGGGAGAUGAAUAUGGUUAUCUCUCUGUUCUGAAGUACGUGGAAGGAAUCAUGGAACUGUUGCCUUAUCACAUGCCUCCGAAUCUUAUAGCUGAAGCUGCUAAUAUUUCAAUGCCCGACCAACUCGCCAUUGUUGGUUUACUUCCCCAACCUAGUUCACAUGGAAAUAGGGUCCUGAUUGCUUAUGAGAAUGGAUUAAUUGUUCUCUGGGACAUUACAGAAGAUCGAGCUGCUCUUGUUAGAGAGUUUAAACAACACCAAUUAAAGGAUGAAAUUGUUGUUUAUGCUUCAAAAAAUGCUAGUGAAGAGAAGUUUUGUGCUUCAUCAGAUAAUCAAGAAGGCGAAAAAGAAAUAAGCUCACUCUGUUGGUUGUCAUCUGAUGGGUCAAUUUUGGCUGUUGGUUAUGUUGAUGGUGAUAUUUUGUUGUGGAAUAUAUCAGUUCCUGGCAAGAAAAGUCCAGAGGCUGAAGCUUCGUCUAGUUAUGUUAAGCUGCAGCUUUCAGCAGGAGACAAAAGACUCCCUGUUAUUAUUCUGCGUUGGUCCGCUAAAAAUACACAGAAUGGUUGUGGGGGCCAACUAUUUGUCUACGGUGGUGAUUCAAUUGGAUCAGAAGAAGCCUUGACGGUUCUGAAUCUUGAUUGGUCCUCCGAGAUAAAAGCACUGAAAUGUGUUGGUCGAGUAGACCUUGGACUUGAUGGAUCUUUUGCAGAUGCCAUUGUUGUUUCAAAUGUUAAUGAAACAGGAAUUGAUGAUGCUUCUUCCUUGUUUAUGUUGUCAAAUCCAGGGAAACUGCACUUUUAUGACAAGGCCAGCUUGUCUGCUUUAAAAUCUAACCCAGAGAAGAAGCAUGCAGAUUUUGCUGUUAAGUAUCCUACACUUGUACCUACCCUUGAACCACGUAUUACUGUGGCAUACCUAUAUCCAGUGGAUAGGAAAUGGAAUUCCUCAAGGACUCCUUCAGAGGAAGUUAUGGUUGCGCAAAUCCGUCCAGCUCAUGGUGUGACUGAAUUGGAAAUCAAAAUGCCUCUAAGUAGUAUUCCCAGACAACCUACCAAGGAUGAUGGAAUAGAGAGAAUACUUGUUGCUGGCUAUCUGGAUGGAUCUGUCCGUCUGUGGAAUGCAACAUUUCCAGUCUUUACACUUUUAGCUGUUCUGGAAUCUCAGGGAAUUCAAGACACUGGUCCUAGAACAGCAAUAUCCGCUUUGGACUUCUCCUCUACUGCUUUAACACUUGCCAUUGGCCACCAAUGUGGCCAGGUGCAUAUGUAUAGCCUCAAGGGGCAGUCUAAGACAACUAGCUCCAACUUGGCUACAGAUGCUGAACAGGACGCUCAGUUCUGUCCAGGUGAUACUGGAUUUCAGUUUUCCCUCAUAAAAUCUCCAGUACGCAUCCUAAAAUUUGUAGCUGUGGGUGCCAGGCUUGUUGCAGGUUUUGAAAGUGGCCAGGUUGCCAUGCUUGAUGUUAGUUCAUCAUCAGUUUUGUUCAUUACGGAUUGUUCAUCCAGCUCAAGUUCCGAAAUCACUUCUGUGGCUGUGAAAACAUUGGGUAAUGCUCUUGAAGACACUGUGGAACUAAGUGAAGAGGGAACAAGAAAUGCAUGUGUGAAGGAGGUUAUUUCAGUAUUAAACAGAGAUGCAGAAGUAGUAUUGCUUGAUGGCUCCACUGGCAAAAAAAUUAGCUCCCAGGCAAAACACCCAAAGGAGAUGUCAACUGCUAUAUCUCUAUAUAUUUUAGAUGGCAUUACAUCUGUCUCUGAAGAAUCGCAAAAGCAUUCGUCAAUGCAAGACAGCGCCGUGCAGCCUGAAGAUUUGAUGCAGAAGUGUAUUGAUUCACAAAUUUUACUUUGUUGUCAGGAGGGCUUGCAUUUAUUCUCCUUAAGUUCUAUAAUUCAGGGCGAUAUCAACCCUAUACGUGAAGUGAAACUUGCUAAACCGUGUUCUAGGACUUCCAUUCUUAAGAAUGACAUUGAAAAUUUUGGACUGGUUUUAGUGUAUCAGAAUGGAGCAGUUGAAGUAAGGUCCUUGGUGGAUCUUGCUGUCUUGGGAGAAUCUUCAUUAAUGUCUAUUCUUCGAUGGAAUUCCAAGAUAAACGUGGAUAAGAUCAUAAGUUCUCCUGGUAAAGCGAUGAUUUCACUGGUGAAUGGGUCUGAAUUUGCUGUCAUUUCACUGUUGGCCUUUGGAAAUGACUUCAGGGUUCCGGAUGCCUUACCUUCACUUUAUAAGAAAUCUCUCACAACUGCUGUAGAUGAUGUCAGUGCAUCCCAACAUCAAAAGAAGAAACAGAAUGUUACCACCAGUAUUUUUGGUGGCAUCGUGAAAGGGUUGAAAGGGCUUAAAGGACAGCAGGCUGCUGAUUCUGUGAAUGCUCGAGAUGCUCUUGUUUCUCAUCUGGAAAACAUAUUCUCAAGAUUUCCUUUCUCAGACCCUACAUACGUAACAGAUGACCUUGGAAGCCUGGAACUGAAGUUAGAUGAUAUUGAAAUUGAUGAACCUGUUCAUGUUGCUUCAUCAUCUCUCAGCAGUGAUGAUGUCAAAAUAGAAAAGGAAACCGAUAGAGACAGGUUGUUGGAAGGUGGUUCUAGUGAUGCCAAGCCAACAGCUAGAACUCGUGAAGAAAUCAUUGCUAAAUAUAGAAACAAGGGGGAUGCGGCCUCUGCUGCAUUACAGGCAAAAGAUAAGCUUCUCGAGCGUCAGGAGAAACUUGAUAGGCUCAGUAGAAACACUGAAGAAUUACAAAAUGGUGCGGAGAACUUUGCGGAUCUUGCAGGUGAGCUUGUCAAAGCCAUGGAGAAACGCAAGUGGUGGAACCUCUAAUAAGUAGUUUGGUU